UUCAGCUCUCAGAGGGUCCGUUCCGUUUAUUUCUGCUAGGCACCGAAGCUAAAUGCGCAAAUCUCAAAUCAAACCUAUCAGUCGGCGUCUCAGCGAUCUUCGUUCUUUCGCUCAAACGCACAAACACAGAACUGAACUUUUUUUGACCUGAAGACAGAACUGAACUGAAAAGCGUUCUAAGUCGAAGGCUCUUCCUACUGCUACGGAAGCUAGGUGCCGGCAGUGAUGGGUUCCGCGGGUUUUCUUCGCUGGCCGGCACUGCUCUCGAAGCUUCAGCUCCAAGCCUCACAAGCUUGAAAUAGGGCAGAGGUAACGCAUCAAUUUUAAAUCAAUAAGCUUGGUAUAAGCUCGCUUUUGUACAGCCUAUUCACGCCAAAUGGGAAUUGAAUUGUAUUCUGUGAUGCAUACGCAAGAGUGAGGGGGAUUUGAAUAGUUUUCACGACCAUUCAUUGCCGUGAUUGUUGUCACUAACAUGUCCCCCCACAAUGUGGUGGUUCUUGACAAUGGUGGAGGCUUAAUCAAAGCUGGUCUUGGUGGAGAGUUUGACCCCUCAGUUGUUAUUCCCAAUUGCCUUUACCGUCCUCCGUCCUCCAAAAAAUGGCUCCAGCCAAACCCCCUCAACCCCACCACCACCACCACCACCACCACUAUGGAACCAUCCUCAGCCAGCGAAGUGGACCUCACCUCUGCUGCAGUUCGACGGCCUAUGGACAGAGGCUACAUGAUAAAUCCUGAACUUCAACGAGAAAUAUGGGCUCACCUCUUCUCCUCCGUCCUCCACAUAAACUCAUCACACUCUUCCCUCCUCCUCACUGAACCUCUCUUCACGCUCCCUUCCAUUCAGCGAUCUAUGGAUGAGCUUGUCUUUGAGGAUUUCAACUUUAAGUCUCUUUAUGUGGCUGACUCGCCCUCUUUGGUUCAUCUCUAUGAGGCAAGUCGAAGGCCUGAAGGUCUUGUCUCUAGAGCCCAGUGCAGCCUUGUUGUGGAUUGUGGGUUUUCAUUCACGCACGCCUCACCUGUGUUUCAGAACUUCACAUUGAAUUAUGGCGUGAAGAGGAUCGAUUUGGGUGGCAAAGCAUUGACCAAUUAUCUCAAGGAGUUGGUUUCUUUUAGGGCUGUUAAUGUCAUGGAGGAGACUUUCAUUAUGGAUGAUGUUAAGGAGAAGCUCUGCUUUGUUUCCCUCAAUGUUCCCCGGGACCUCCAGAUUGCAAGGAAACCUGGAAAAGAAAAUCUCUUUAGAUGCACAUAUGUCCUUCCGGAUGGUGUUACACACACAAAAGGCUUUGUUAAAUAUCCAGAUCAAGUACACAGAUAUCUUACUUUGGCUGAUGAUGCUCCUUUGCGUCCAACAGAAACAAAGGAGGAUAUAAAUCAUCCAGAAAUGACUGAAAGGACUGAGGACAGAAGGAGAAUUGAUUUGACAAAAAAUGAAUUUGACUUGACAAAUGAACGCUUUCUUGUCCCAGAGAUGAUCUUCCAUCCUGCUGAUUUAGGAAUGAACGAGGCUGGACUAGCAGAAUGCAUUGUACGAGCUGUUAACUGCUGCCAUCCACACCUCCACCCUGUACUCUAUGAAAGCAUCAUUUUAACAGGUGGAAGCACCUUAUUUCCUCAAUUCGCUGAGAGAUUAGAGAUGGAGCUGCGGCCUCUAGUUCCUGAUGACUACCACGUGAAGAUAACUCCUCAACAAGAUCCCAUAUUAGGCGUUUGGCGUGGAGGAUCAUUGUUGGCAUCUAGUCCAGACUUCGAAGCUAUGUGCGUGACCAAGUCUGAGUAUGAGGAGCUUGGAUCCGCUAGAUGUCGCAAGAGAUUCUUUCAUUGAGUAUACCAUGUUAUAACCAUGGAAAUGUUUAUCUUUCAUGGCAUCUCACAGGAGGGUGGUUUUCCAGUGAGUGAAAGGAGAUCUCUGUUUUUUCAUGGCUGGCUGGGGAAGAGAGGAUAGUGAACAAGCUCAUGCAAAACUAGUAUUGCAAGAUGCAGCCAUGUCCUAUUUUCUGUAAAUCUGAUUUUUCUGAUGAUCUUUAGUGCCCUGGUGCAAAUUCCAGACGAUAAUCUUCAUCUUCAUCUUCAUGGGGAAAGAAGAUUGAUCUGAGAACCAAACUUGCAGUCUAUGGAUUUCAGGCUUCCAGCAGAAGCCUUGAGAUGGAGACGCCAUUUUUCCUCUGCAACAUUUGUGACCCGCUUUUAAAGUGCCAUCAAUUUUGGGAUUGCUGUGAUAUGGCAGACGAGAUGUUAAUAGUUGUAAGUAACGUUUCGCUAACUUAAGGUUACGAUUGGCAUGGCUAAAUGACAGAUUCUCUUCCUUUUA